UAAUAUUAAUGAUAAUGAUAAUAAAGAGCGUGAUGUAGAAAGUAUGAAAUCUAAUGAUGUCAUAAAUGAAACAGGAAAUAGUAAUUCAAUAUCUCCGUCUGAAGGAAUCCAAUCAAAUAAUAAAAGUGCAUCCCCAACACAAAAACCAAAAAACGGUUUAGCACGUACAGUAUCACUGCGUAGAGGUGUUACCGAAUCAUGGGUAGUCCGUCCUACGGCUGAAGAUUUGUUUGAACAAUUAGAACAAUAUUUUCCGGGUCAUGAUCUUGAUAAACCUAUUGUAGAUUCUGUCCAACAACCAAAUAUAAACGAGGAAUCACCAAGCGCGCCUACAGUAAAAACUGGAGGGAAAAUUCAAAGAGGAAAAUCUAUCCGCGCUGCUGCUCGUGAAGCACAUGAACGCGAACAACGUGAAAAGAAAGAAAGAAAAGAAAGAACCAAAAAGCUAGCAGUUGGAGUUGUUAGUGCAAUUGAAGCUUUUAGUGAUGCAAUCAGAGUGCCACAAAAGCUAACUAGAAAACCUACUACUAAAUUAUGGGAUAAAAAAAUUGUUCUUGUUCCUUCACAUAAAAAACCCUGUCCUCCAGAAGUUCCUCCUGGAGAAUGUGUUUCCACAGAAAGAGAACCCGUAAUAUCAUGGGCAAAAGGUGAACUAAUUGGUAAAGGAACUUUUGGGAAAGUGUUCCUUGCUAUGAAUGUGAAUUCAUCCGAAAUAAUGGCAGUUAAACAAAUUGAAUUGCCAAAGACAAAAUCGGACCGGUUGAACGAAAGACAACAAAAUUUGGUCAAAUCUUUCACUGAUGAAAUGGAAAUUCUGAAAGAUCUAGAUCAUGAACAUAUUGUCCAAUAUAUUGGGUUUGAAAAAACUGACGAAGCCAUUAAUAUCUUUCUUGAAUAUGUUAAUGGCGGAUCUAUUGGUACCUGUCUGAGGAUUUAUGGCGCAUUUAAAGAACCUGUUGUAAGGUCAUUCACACGGCAGAUUUUAUUAGGAUUGCAAUACUUACAUAAUAGAGGAAUAUUACACAGAGAUAUUAAAGCAGAUAAUAUACUUGUUGAUGAAGAAGGAUAUUGCAAGAUUUCUGAUUUUGGAAUAUCAAAAAAGAGUGAGCAUCUUGCUUAUGAUCAUAGUUCAAAUAUGUCAUUGCAAGGUACUAUCUUUUGGAUGGCACCAGAAGUAUUUAAUUCUACUAAAGGAUAUAGUGCUAAAGUUGAUAUAUGGAGUCUUGGUUGUGUUGUACUUGAAAUGUUUGCUGGUGAAAGACCUUGGAAUAAUUUAACAGAUCUUGCUGCUAUGUUUAAACUUGGAAGUGAGAAAAAAGCACCACCAAUAAGAGAAGACAUUAUAAUGUCAUCUGAUGCUAGAAACUUUUUAGAUCAAUGCUUUAUAAUAGAACCAAAUAAUCGGCCAACCGCAGAACAACUUUUACAGCAUCCUUUUGCACAAGAAAAUCCUAAUUUUCAUUUUAAAGAAUAUAUUUCAAUACCUGGACGUACUUAAAUAUUUAAAUUAUAUAAAAUAAAAAAAAAUAAUAUAUAUAUA